AUGGCUUCCAGCAUCAGCAGUAAGCAUGGAUUUUUGGCAUUCAAAAGUUCUCUGUACAAUUGUCACAAGAAGAUUUUGCCAUAUGUUAUAUGCAUACAGAGACCCACAGAAGUGAAGUGUCUUAGAGCGUCAACGAAUUCGAGCACCGAGCCUCAGCACAACGAAAAAUACUGUAUUGAUAUGGUGAGGACUCGAGACUACGAUGGGUUCCUGUGCUCUCUGCUUCUUCCAGAGGCCGCACGGCGCUCCUCCUUGGCCUUGAGAGCCUUCAAUGUGGAACUGGCCCAGGUGAAGGACUCUGUUUCCCAGAAGACAAUAGGUUUGAUGAGGAUGGAGUUCUGGAAGACUGCUGUGGAGGAAAUCUACAGAGGCAAUCCCCCAAAGCAGCCAGUCAGUGCUGAGCUCUGGAAGGCUGUAAGGAAACACAGCUUGACAAAGCGGUGGCUUUUGAGAAUAAUCACUGAAAGGGAGAAAGACAUGGAGGACAGAGCGUACAGGAACCUGCAGGAGCUGGAGUCCUAUGCUGAGAACACCCAGUCCUCUCUGCUUUACCUCCUCCUGGAGUCUUUAGGUGUGAAAGACGUCCACGCGGACCAUGCUGCCAGCCACAUAGGGAAGGCCCACGGGAUUGUCACAUGUCUCAGAGCCACCCCGUACAACAGCCGACGGCGCAAGGUCUACCUCCCCAUGGACAUCUGCAUGCUGCACGGCGCCUCGCAGGAGGACUUCAUUCGGGGGAGCCAGGAGCAGAGCGUGAGGGACGUGGUGUACGACAUCGCCAGCCAAGCCCACAUACACCUGCAGCACGCCCGGUCGUUCAGUAAGAACGUUCCUGCGGCGGCCACGCCAGCCUUUUUGCUGACGGUGGUUUUGGAGGACUACCUGCAGCGCGUGAGGAAGGUGGACUUCGAUGUGUUCCACCCGAGUUUGCAGAAGAGAAACCCCCUGCUCCCAUUGCAGCUGUACCUCCGGUCCUGGAAGAACAAGUACUGACAGUCACGCAUCCUUUCAACCGCAGCAGCAGUAAUUAAUAUUCUUCAGAUGCUGUGAUAUUAAAUCUACUGUACCAACCUGAAGCGUGGAGUCUGCAAUAAUAAUUAUGUAGAUGGACAUCUGUAGGUCUGUCCUCAUCAGCCGUGGAUUUUCACUCCCCC